CCCCAGGCCGGCUGCGGCAGGCUCCCGCCAUGGCGCUGAGCAACCUGCUCUUCGCCCAGUGCGUCGGCUACUUCCUGGCCUUCCUCUGCAGCUUCGUGGUGGUGGUGCCGCUGUCCGAGAACAGCAACGACUGCCACGGCCGCUGCCUGCUCUUCACCGAGGGCAUGUGGCUCAGCGCCAACCUGACGGCGGAGGGGCAGCGCUUCACCGUGCAGGAGUGGGGGCCCCCGGCCGCCUGCCGCUUCAGCGUCUUCGCCGGGCUGCUCUCCCUGCUGCUGGCCGCCGCGCAGGCCUGGCGGACGCUCUUCUUCCUCUGCAAGGGCCACGAGGACUCUUUCUUUUAUGCCUUCCUGAAUCUGCUGAUCAGCGUCUUUGUGGUUUUUGUCAUCUUUAUUGCUAGCACUAUAGUGAGCGUAGGAUUUAACAUGUGGUGUGAUGCUGUUACCGAAAAAGGAAGCAUGCCAAAUAGCUGUGAAGAGCUACAGGAUAUAGAUCUUGAACUGAAUUUAGAAACCUCUGCCUUCUAUGAUCAGUUUGCUAUUGCACAGUUUGGUCUCUGGGCUGCCUGGCUGACUUGGCUGGGAAUUACCAUUUUGGCCUUCCUGAAGGUUUAUCACAACUACAGACAGGAAGAUCUGCUAGACAGCCUGAUCCAUGAGAAGGAGCUGCUGCUAGGACGAUCCUCUUCACGAACCUUUUUGCAGGAUGAGAAAAGUGGCAUGAUCUAAUGUGUAAGCCACUCGACAGUGCAGGUUGUACAUUUUGUAAUUCAUUAUCACAAGCUGAAAUCAAGAGAAUUGGUGAGUGUGUGAAAUCAUUGCUUUCCUGAACUGAAAUUUAAUUUAGAAUUACACAGUCCUGUAAUGAGAAAUUGUCAGAAGCCAUAUUUCUGUUAGGAUAUAAACAAUUAACUGUAUGAUACAGUAAACUUACUUUCCUGUACAUACUUUGAGCAGAACUAACUAUGCCUGUGUGUGAAGAUGGCUGUCGCUAUCAGGGUUCUAGCAUGCUUUCCCUGAUUAUUGAGGGAAGGAUGUUUUCUGAGAACUGUGGUAGCAAAACCUCGCUAAAGAUUGCCCUUUUAAUGUAGUUUGUAGCAUGAUUUUAACAUUGUUUUAGCUAGCACUGUUCUGACCUACGUAUGGACAGGGCCUUUGCUACCCCAAAAUUUGGUGUAUACAUACAAAAUAUUGACAACAAUUUUAUAAUCCCUGCUCCCAUUUGAUUUGAUCACUUUAGAACAUAUGGAGCUGUGUAUCUGACUAUAUACUUAAUGUUAGAUAGAGUGAAAUUCAUACAAUGACAGGUUAUUACAGCAUCUUAAAUGUACUAUAUAUUUUUGGAGGGAUCCUAGAGCCUAUUUAUGUUUGUUUCAUCUUAGACUUUGGCAUGACAAGCAUAUAUUACUGCUUUGUAAAACGUAGUCUAGUGGGCAGUAACUGCAGCUUGCAUAAUAAGAGAUUAAUCUUAAUAUAUUAUAUUAAUGCUUGUUUAUUCAUAUGUGUAAUUUGAUCCCUAAUACUAUAUACUAUUCAACUUCAAGUAUUAGAGUUUACUUGUGCUAUUUAUCUCAAACAGGAUAUGUUACGUUAUUAUAAAUAGCUGCAUGGUAGAUGUAUGAAUGUCUCUGUCAGUAUAGUAAACUGUAAAAACUGUUCAUUAAUCAUAUAGCUGGUUCUUUUAUGAACUGGGCUAUUUUCCCCCACAUUGGCCAGGGGCCUUUAAUAGCUGCUCCAAUACUCAGUAUUGCUACCCUGGAAAGGGAAAAGAGCCAUUUACUUUAUGAAGUCCACUAGGGACUUUGCUAUUGCUCUUGAUUCUAUACAGAAAGUGCUCAGACGCUAGGAAAAUGGGUGAGAUUAUAAAACCCUACAAUAUCUCAAACAAUUCGGAGCAUAGAUAACUCAAAGGGCAGUGGAAUUAUUAUGCUUAAGAAUGAAUGCCUUGUUAGUAUAUAGAGAGACAAGAUGGACGACGUAAUAUCUUUUAUUGGACCAGCUUCUGUGGGUGAAGAGACAAGCU